AUGUUCCCCAGACUAGCCUUGGUUACCCUCCUCCUCGCCCCGGCCCUCGCCGCCGCAGCCACCACCGGCGCCGACCACUCCCUGGACACUUCCACACCAACCCGCUUCCCGGGACACAAGGUCACAGCUCUCCCGCCCCUACCCCCGGCUGACGACGACGACGAAGAGGAGGGAGACCAAAACGGACUCCUGCCCGGCCACGCGGGUGAGAACUGCGCCGGCGUCUGCGUACAGUCCACCCUUGCCACCCGCACCAACCGUCUCCCUACUCGCACACACGCCAUCGAGGUCCCCACCACCACCACAGCUCCUCCCGAAGAGGAAGAGGAGGAGGAGGAGGAAGAAGAAGAGGAGGAGGAAGAGGAGGAGCUACCCAUCCCUACCUACGCCCCCUGCGGCGGUGACCGAAUCGACGGCCCUCUUAACUGCGAAGAGGGCUACGUCUGCGUCGACGACCCCGCGUUGAAGGGUGCGGCAUGGCUUGCGAUGCGCCCGGCAUAUGCGUCGAGAAGAAGGCGUGCGGCGGCUACUUUGGCACCCCUGCGCGCCAGGUCUUAUCUGCGUAGAUGA